AUGCACAUGAUGACAGUCAAGCAGUGGGGAGUAUGGGCUGUAUUGCUCUGGCCCUGUCUGUUUACUAUGAGCAUCCCUCUAGACUGUAAGGAAGAGCAGGGCAGCCUCUCCCGCUGCCUUUCCAUCUCCCAAGAAAAACUUCUAGAUCGAGUCAUCCAACACGCUGAGCUCAUCUACCGUGUCUCAGAAGAAUCAUGUUCUAUGUUUGAGGAGAUGUUUGUCCCCUUUCCAUUGCGGCUCCAGAGGAACCAGGCUGGCUAUGCAUGCAUCACCAAAGCCUUACCCAUCCCCAGCUCCAAAAGUGAAAUCCAACAGAUAUCUGAUAAAUGGUUGCUCCACUCUGUGCUGAUGCUGGUCCAGUCCUGGAUCGAGCCCUUGGUCUACCUGCAGACCACGCUGGAUCGCUACGAUGAUGCUCCAGACAUGCUGCUCAACAAGACCAAGUGGGUGUCUGAGAAACUGAUCAGUCUGGAGCAAGGGGUGGUGGUCCUUAUCAAGAAGAUGUUGGAUGAGGGGACGCUGACCACAACCAACAGUGAACAGGGAAUAUUCCAGUAUGAUGUGCAGCCAGAGAUGCUGGAAUCCGUUAUGAGAGACUAUACUCUGCUCAGCUGCUUCAAGAAAGACGCCCAUAAGAUGGAGACUUUUCUCAAGCUCCUCAAGUGUCGACAAACUGACAAAUACAACUGUGCAUAA